AUGGCUGCACAUUGUUUUGAUCCUAACAACAAAGCCAGUUGGUAUUUCGGACAAAUGUCACGUAUUGAAGCUUCUGAUCUAUUGAUGGGUGAACGAGAAUGUGGGACAUUUUUAAUUAGAGAUAGUCUCAGUAUUCAAGGAGACUAUGUGCUAUGCGUGAGGGAAGACAGCAAAGUUAGUCAUUACAUUAUCAAUAAAAUACAAGAAAAUAAUGAAACAAAAUAUAGAAUUGGUGAUCAGAUGUUUGCUGAUUUGCCUAGUUUAUUAGCAUUUUAUAAAUUACACUACCUUGACACUACUCCUCUCUUGAAACCUGCUGUUAAACCAAUAGAAAAAGUUGUUGCUAAGUAUGACUUUGUUGGAAAUGAUCAAGAUGAUCUACCAUUUAGAAAGGGUGAUAUUUUGACAAUUCUUGUGAAAGAUGAAGAACAAUGGUGGACAGCUAAGAAUAUUAUGGGUCAAAUGGGUUCUAUUCCAGUUCCAUAUGUUCAAAAAUAUGAUGGAAAUCCACCAUUACCAAUAAAAGACAGUAAUCAAAUUCCUGGAUCUAAUAAUGAGUCAACAUUAAGGCGGUCUAGUCUUCAAAAAAAAUUACCAGCUCUAGCUAGAGUUAAACAAGUCCGUGUACCAAACGCAUAUGAUAAGACAGCAUUAAAACUUGAAAUUGGAGAUAUAAUCAAAGUAACAAAAACUAAUAUUAAUGGUCAAUGGGAAGGAGAGCUAAAUGGUAAAACUGGACAUUUUCCAUUUACUCAUGUGGAAUUUGUGGAUUCUGAAAUGAAUGAUUGUAUAAGUGACAGUUAA